AUGGCUGAAUCUGAGGAAAAAAAUCUCGAAAAAGAAGCCGAGCAGAUCGAAGCAGAGCUCGGUGAAGACCAUCUUGUUCACCUACUGCAAUGCCUUACAUCGAACUCACCAGAUGCCUCACAACGCCUUCUAGAAUUGCAUUCAGAGUGCCGUAAUGUCAUAUCGAAAAAGCCACCAAUCAAAUCAAAAACCGUGAAGCUGGAACAGAAACAAACCAUUUCACAAGGUCCAACUAAAGCUGUGUCGAGCAAAACGAUGGCAUCACGUACACAGAAAGUCCAGCCAGUUGUACGUUUACCAAAUUUUUUGACUUAUUUGCCAUUACCUAAGCUCAUGUUUGGGAAACCUCGAAUAAUGAUGACAAAACAAGCGCACUCCUUGGUACCACGUGAUACGCACAGGAAUAUCGCCGCCUGA